UGGUAAAGGACUAAAAUGUUUUUCUCUUCCUCCAGGAUACCAGAGGACUGGGCUAAUGUUGGCCGGCUCGAGCCCACAGAGGAACUGGAGCUGACGUUUGCCUUGAAGCAGCAGAACAUUAACCUGCUGGAGAAAACACUCGGACUAGUGUCAGACCCUGACUCGGCGCGCUAUGGUGAUUACCUUAGCCUGGACGAAGUGUCCUCCCUUGUGCGUCCAUCUAAACUGACCCAGAAGGUGGUGCAUCGCUGGUUGCAGAGUCAUGGGAUUAAAAACUGCCUGUCUGUUCAUACUCAGGAUUUUUUACAGUGCACCAUGACUGCAAAGGUUGCAGAGACCCUACUUCCAGGAAGCAGGUUCCACCGUUAUGUCAGAGAAGGCCGGUCUCUAGUGAGGUCAUCAGCUCCAUACUCAGUGCCUGAUGAUGUUCACCAGCACCUAGACUUUGUUGGAGGGCUUCAUCGCCUUCCACCAGAAGGGAAAGACCUCGGUAAGAAGCAAAAGCAAUCGAAGGCAGGGUUUCACCUCGGAGUGUAUCCAUAUAUCUUGAGGGCCCGCUAUAACCUCACAUCAACUGAUGUGGGAAGAGCUCAGAACAACAGCCAGGCUGUAGCUCAGUUCUUGGAGCAGUAUUACCACCCUGCUGACUUGGCUGAGUUCAUGGGCAUAUUUGGCAGGACCUUCCCCCAUCAGUUUGAGGUGGAUCGAGUGGUAGGCCACCAGGAAAGAGGAAAGGCCGGCCUUGAGGCCAGUCUGGAUAUAGAGUACAUCAUGAGCACGGGGGCAAACAUCUCUACAUGGGUCUUCACCAAUCCAGGUGUGUAGAGAAGAAGGAAGUUUUAGCUGUGUGUGCAUGGAUGUGUGAUAUGUUGUCCCAUCUUUCUGUUUUUACCCAUGCUAAUUGUAGUGUUGGACAUUCAGCUGCUUGAUCCACCACUUUGGUCCAGGUUGAAAUCAUUUUUGAAUUGAUUCUGGUAAACUUUUGAGACCUCAUGGUCCGCAGGGGAUAAAUUCUACCAACUUUGCUCUUCUGAGUUUUCCUGUAGUGCCACCAUGAUGAUGAUGAUUUUUG